UGUGUGUGUGUGUGUGUGUUGUUGUGGCCGCGCGCCCCGAAGAGGAAGAAGAGGCCCCGCUGCGCCGCGCCGUGCUCUUCGCCGUCCUGCACGCCUCCUGCCCGCUGACAAGUGUUCCCUGGCGUCGCGUCCUGCUCGUUUCAUGAGGGCGCGCCACACGGGGGCUGCCGGGCUGUGUAACAUGUGUGUGAGGCUGAGGCUGACGUGAGUGCCAUCAGCCGGCGACGCAAAGAGCGGGUCAGGCCGGGGUCAGCGGGCCCAGCAUGCUGGUGGUCAGGGGCGGCCCAUGGCCCGGCCAGAUGAGGGCCUACUGCAGCGGCCUGAGGGGCCUGGGGGGACGGCCUCCUGCUGGGGUGAGAGCUGGGGGCCUGAGGCACGGGCAGGGACCGCCGGCCACCCCCGGCAGGCCCGGUCCUUCUCUCCACUUGGCCAAGAGGAAAGGCAUGAGUGGUCUGCGGCAUCUUCUGGUGCUGCUACUGGGGCAUGAGGGCCAAGGUGAGACGCUGGAGCAGGCCAGGAAAGUUGUCCGCUACCUGCUGUGUACCAUUGCCCGCCAGUCUGAGGUGCACACAUCUCAGAAGCUGCGCCGCGCCCUCCAACUCUACUCAGCAUACUCCCGACUCUGGGGAGAAGAGGCGGCUCGCAGCAUGCUGGCCAGCCUCCGCCGUACACUGGCAUCCAAGAGCCGACGCCUCCUCCUCUCAGCUGUGUGCUUCUCCAACUUCAACUGGGACCAGGAAAAGAUACCCAGCGAGUCCCUCCAGGAGUCAGCCAAAGAUCUUGAGAGUGUGGGUGACCUGUGUCGGGCCACUGUGGAGUGUCACACGUGCGGAAAGAGGCAAAUCAUCGACCAGAAGAUGGCUGAUGUGGACUACUGUGUGUGUAGCGGCAGCCUGGGCUAUGUUAAUGAGUCUCAGGAGUAUGAGUCUUGGCGGCCCUUCAUUGAGCGGGAACACCACAUUGUGUGGCGGCAGAGACACCCUGUCUACAACCACCUCUUUGCCUAUAAGGUGUAUGGGACAUACGAUGAUGUCAGUCUGAGUUCCUUCAUGGAGGUGCAGCUCAAUAGCAGCUACAGGACUGACUGGGAUGACACAGCCUUAGAACUGCAGGUGCUGGACUCCCAUGAAGACUCCAACUCAGAUCUGCUCUACUGGCUGGUCAAGUUCCCUCACUUCUUUGCCAACCGAGACUAUGUGUUCAAGAGGCGGUUCAGGGUGGACAGGGAGAAGAAAGAGGUUGUGAUCGUGAGUGAGGCUGUGAGUGCGGAUUUCCUGCCACCGGAGAAGGGGGUCCACCGCGUCAACGAGUACUGGUCCACCAUGGUGAUAAGAGCAAAGGAUGACAUGGACCAGCCAGGUAUAGAGUACACACUCACCUACUUUGACAACCCGGGGACCAGCUUGCCACAGGCCAUCACAAACUUCAUUGCUGUGACAGGGUUCCCAAACUUUUUGAAAAAACUACACACAGCAGCGCUGCACCUCCAGUCCAUUCAUGAGAAGGGUGAGGAUGUGUAUGUCAGCUUGCCAGAUGUGCUGCGCUACCCUAAGAGAAGUAAAGGUGCCCCUGAAGAGCUGCCUGAACCUAGUUUGCCAAGUGAUGAAAAAGUGCUACCAUCAAGCACUGAAGUUGUAGCAGUGGUUGAUAAGUGUGUUAAAAUUUUAAGUGAGGAGAGUUUGCAUGAUAAAAGUCAAGAUAUAAAACCAGGAACUGUUACUUUAGCCAUUACUUCUGCUGCCGUGGAAGGCUCAGGCAUCAAUGAAGGUGAAUGCAGCAAGACUGAAGAAACACACAUGCAGGAGGAACUGAGCAUCACAAGUACAGAUCUUGAAACUCAUAAUGAAAAAGGUUCCUCUGUCAGUAACAAUAAAUCCACCAGCUCACCUUCAGAUACAUCCGAAGAGACCAUGUCCGACAUGUCCCUCCAUGUAAAUGUUGGUGGCAAGGAAGUGUUUGUUGAUUUAUUAGAAGCCAUGGAGGUGGUGGCUCCUGACCUGGAAAAGAAAACACUUUUGUUAAGAAAGAUUGAGGAGCUGAAUGAAAAGAUGCAGAGUGACAAUGGAAAGCAAGGCAUCAUUCUGCAGCAACUGUGGAAGCUGAGGCACAAACUGAAGUCAUUUCAUGAACAAGCAAAUUUGAGAAGGGAACAUUCAAGACAACACAUGGAAGAGUUGGCAACCCGGGACCGCUAUCAACACAUGAACAUCGAUGAAAAAACCCUCACACAGUUGGAGAUGCUGUUUGAGGCCAUGAGAUAUGUCCUGCAGGCUGACAAGGACAUGCGGACUGGGAAAAUGUUGCUGGAAGGGGCCUCGGAAACUCAUUCCAAAGAAGAAAAUGGAGACAGUACCACAGAGAACUCAAAUCCAACCAAUUUGUCUAACAUAUUCUCUAUCUUAACUCAUAUGCGGAAAGAUGGGAAAUACCGAGGCUCCAAUGAGGACAAUAAACCACCUGACGCAGCAGACUCAGAGACCAGCAAGAAGAGUAGAAGGAAGCGAGUAAGUCAGGAACCACAAAUCCGUAAAGACCCGCCUCCACCAGACUCAGCCGGGGAGACGUGGCCUGAUGGAGAACCAAGUGAAGGGGCAGAUGACACGAACAAUGAAUCAGGGAACUUCACAAAUGAGUUAGGGAACGUUGUAAAUGCUGUAAAUAAUGUACAUGGUGAGACAGGGGAUAGUGGCAGUAAGCAGGAGAGGGAUACAGUAAAUAAUGUUAUCACUGGGAAAGCAGAGGAAAACAAAGCCUCUUCUGAUGCUCAAAAUAACGCUUUACUCGCACAUGUCAUUUAUAUAGUUAGCCUUGGGUGGGUUUCUGUCUCUGAGAGAGAUGAAGCUAAGGCAAAGAGUGAGGAGAGUGUGAGGAGUGUUCAGAGCAGCCGUGAGGACAGGGACGGGGCCGAGGAGAGUGAGUGCCAUGAUCAAGCCCGCUGGUACUGGUAUCCCCUGAGUGGUGCUUACAGGCUUUAUGCUUGGGUCUUUAGUGCCUCUGGAGUGAAUGCUUGAGUACUGAUAGGUGAUGGAUUUUCCUCUUCAGGUUUCAAUACCACAGUGUUUUCAGUACAUAGAAGGUAUUCUCAUUGCAUAUUUUGAUAGAGCAACCAUGUCCUUUUUAUUUGGGUCAUUUUUUCAAUUUUUAAAGGUUGCAUAAUGUGAGUUGAAUGGGUUGAGAGCCUUCUAGGUAAUGCUAAGCCACAAUGCAAUUAAGGAAUAGUAGUUGUCUGUACAUCUGACUUAUUUAUCAUGUUGCUUUAUGCUGGUCUUACUGGUGAUCUUUCAGGAUAAGUGAAGUUUCCACUUGUCUUCAAACAACUAGAUCUUUAAAUGAGCUUCAUUGAAUGUAAAUAUCUGACUAUGUGUUUACAUAGUGUGUUCUGUUGAGCAGGGAUGCUGUAGUAGUACAUGCCAAUUUAAUGUAUAGUUUUGAGGCAAUGCCUGUUUCAUAUUGAUUAUAUUUUAAGUUUUGCUUGCUGAUGCCCUGAAUGGUUCAGAUCUAACAUCAGUUUUUGUUGGAAAUGUUCAUUUAUUGACUGUCAGGAUAAUUUAGGACUCAAAAGGUAGUAUCACUGAGUUGUAUGUUUUCAAUUGACUAAAAAAAAUUGUUAAAAUUUAAAACUAUCCAUCAGUUUAUAAUUUCAGAUUUUGCCGUAAUAUUUAUUACAGCUUCGAUCAAAAGCACAUGGGCAGUGUACAUAAGUAAAUCCCUUCAACAAUUUAACACAACUCCAAAGUGCUUCAGGGGCAGGUGAUAUUUUUAUAUCAAAACGGUUUCAUUAAAAUUUCAAAAUAAUA